UGUACGCAUGUGCGUGGCCGUGGUGUGUUACUUCCUCGCGUCUAACGUUGCUGUGGAAGCUCCUUCAGUCCUCUGACUCCUCUAGCUAUCUUUGGUGCAGCAGCAGCAGCACGGUGCGAAAGGCGCACAAGUGUAGUCAGCCAGCGACCCAGCAGAAAUGUCGGAAAGAGGGAGUCAUGAACCUGCCGGGGCCGCAAACGGCAGCGACAGCCCGACAAAACAUGCACCCAGACCGCCAGUCGGCAACAGAGUGACCGUGGUUCUCGGGGCUCAAUGGGGCGACGAGGGGAAAGGAAAAGUUGUGGAUCUGCUCGCACAAGACGCGGAUAUGGUGUGCAGAUGUCAGGGCGGAAACAACGCAGGACACACAGUGGUGGUCGACUCGGUGGAGUACGACUUUCACCUCCUCCCCAGCGGCAUCAUCAACCCCAAGGUCACUGCUUUCAUUGGCAACGGUGUUGUUAUUCACCUGCCAGGCCUGUUUGAAGAGGCAGAAAAGAAUGAAAGCAAAGGAAAAGGUCUAAAAGACUGGGAGAAAAGGUUGAUCAUCUCAGACCGAGCACAUAUUGUGUUUGACUUCCACCAAGCAGUUGAUGGUGUUCAGGAACAGCAGAGACAAGAGCAAGCAGGCAAGAACCUCGGGACAACAAAGAAGGGGAUCGGUCCAGUGUACUCAGCCAAGGCAGCACGUAGCGGUCUCAGGAUAUGUGACCUGUUGGCUGACUUCACUCAGUUCUCUGAAAGGUAUAAAGCUUUGGCCCAGCAGUACAAGGGUAUGUACCCCACUCUGGAGAUUGACAUAGAGGGAGAGCUGAUCAAAUUAAAGAACUAUGUGGAGCGGAUCAAACACAUGGUGAGAGACGGGGUGCACUACAUGUACGAGGCUCUUCACGGCCCUCCUAAGAAGAUCCUGGUGGAAGGAGCCAACGCAGCACUGCUGGACAUUGACUUUGGGACGUACCCGUUUGUGACAUCGUCCAACUGCACGGUGGGCGGGGUGUGUACGGGUCUUGGCAUGCCGCCUCAGAAUGUCGGGGAGGUUUAUGGGGUCGUCAAGGCCUACACCACCAGAGUCGGCAUCGGAGCUUUCCCCUCAGAGCAGAGCAAUGAGAUCGGAGAGCUACUUCAGACUCGGGGGAAGGAGGUUGGCGUGACCACAGGCAGGAAAAGGCGAUGUGGUUGGCUGGAUCUGGUGCUUAUCAAAUAUGCACACAUGAUUAAUGGUUUCACUGCUUUAGCACUCACCAAACUGGACAUACUUGACGUGUUUGCAGAGAUCAAAGUGGGCGUAUCGUACAAAGUCGACAACCAAACCAUACCUUACUUUCCAGCCAAUCAGGAGGUGUUGCAGCAUGUGGAGGUCCAGUAUGAGACGCUGCCGGGAUGGAACAGCGACACCUCGGCUGUAAGAAGCUUCGAGGAGCUGCCUGAGAACGCCCAGAAAUAUGUCCACUUCAUCGAGGGGCACGUUGGAGUGCCUGUCAAGUGGAUCGGAGUGGGCAAGUCUCGGGAGUCCAUGAUCCAGCUGUUCUAAACGAAGGGAGGAGAAACACGAGCAACACACACACACACACACACACACACACACGCCCUUAAUGCUUUACCUCUGAAUCAUCAGACUGUCCCAUGUUACAGACCGGACCUCUCUGGAUCAGACUCCCAUCAGACUGACCUCCAUGAACGAAUGGUUCCCAGCUUCUCCAUCUGGAUUUUUAACGGUUUUAAACUUUAGCAUAACUGGGCAAAGUCCCCUCUUUUAAUUUGUCCCUGUUCGUAUUGUAACCGUUUAUUCCAGACAUACAACACACUCGGCAACACCAGCUGCCAUCAGGUCUGAAAGAUGACACGAGGGAAUGGACUCAACACACACACACAAACACACACCUGAUCACUCCCAGGAUGAACUGUCCACAGAUGUUUGCUUGGUCAAACUUUUAUUCAAGUGUAUUUUUGUUAAUCUAUGCUGUGUUUUUAAAUGUGCUGUGCCAGUCUGGUGUAAAUCAGUUUUAACCUCUGCACUUUAGAUGCUUUGGGCUGUGUUUUAUUCUGCCAGGCGUACACCACCUCCUGACAUUAUAAAGGGAUCCUUUUAAUAUUUUUAACAUGUCUUUUUUGUUUUUUUUUUUUUUCGUCAUCGGACAAAGACUUCUCAUAUUGCCUUGUCUCUCUACCAAAACAUUUGCUUUUAAAUUUCUUGUAGCUAGCGACUGCUUCCACUGAACGAAUCCCAUACUGUAAGAAGGCUCGUGUUUUUCACUUUAACUUUGGCAGAUGAGUUUUCCAUGAACCAAUACAGAGAUUAUAACUAGUGUAACUAUCCUUUUUUCAAAUGGAAAUCAAUUCAAUAGGGGAGCAUAUUUCCACUCACAUUCUCGUAAUUGUUUAUCUUAUAUAAUAUGUGUAAAUGUGUAAAUAUGGAUUGAUAAAUGCUGUAUAAGACAGUUGUUCAUCUUUCUCCUUUUUUUGUCCACUCCUCUGCCAUUGUUAUAACACACAUCUUUAAAACCAGAAAAAUAAGGCUUGAAUAGAAAGUUGUGGGUUGCAUUUUGCCUUCCAAAAGAAAAGCUGGUACUCUUUCCUGUUUCACCAAUUCAGUGGCACCAUCCAAAUAAGCCAUUUAGCGCUACCUGCUGGUAAAAAUGGUAUUGUGUCUUAUAAUGCAUUCAUGCAAUGACAGCGAAAUGGAAGAACAAGAAAAUCUCCCAUUACUCUGACUUGGGAGAAUUCAUGUCAUGUACAUCAUUUAUUACUCUAUAUUGGGAGCGUUCAUGUCAUGUACAUCAUUUAAAUAGCCUUAAUAAGCUGCUUUUUCUGUGUUACGUACUUGUAGCAGUUUGUUAACAAGUGAAACCAGAUACAUAUAAACUGUGUAGCUCCCUUUUAAAUUUGCUGAAUUCAUUGUAUUAGUAUUAUUGUUUUUUAUUUAGAUGUGCCAGCAAUUGUGUCUUUCCAGCCGUUUUGCUAAAGGUUCGAUGGUGAUAUCCAACUUGGAAUUACGAUUCUUGCUGGUAAUUACGUUUUAUUUAUUUAUUUAUUUAUUGAAGCAGCAGAGGCCUAAAUGUCCUGACUUUAAGUCUAUAGUUUGGAGUCAGGCUUCUCAAAUUUCAUUAUGCCAUGUUUAUGAUGCCUUAUGGGAUGGAAGUUAGAGACGGGAAAGAUUCCCAUGGAGGAGUCUUUUUGGCAAAGGAGGAUAAACACACUACGCUUGGAUGUUGACGUGAACAUUAUUUUAAAGCCGGAAACUUUUUAUUAUUAUGAUAACGUCAUGUGAAUGUGGCAUUAGACCAAACUUUAGAAAGCUCCUCCAGAGCCACAGAAGACGAUAAGCUGUUCACAUGCUCCUUCUGAGGAGUAAACUAAACUUUGUGUAAAAUGUUUAGCAUGCUCCUUUUAAUAAACAGCUCGUUAGAUUGGAGGAGGAGAACCGAAAACCAAACAACUCUUGGUAAAGCUGAACAAGCUUUGGUGGAAAAUAAUCACAGAUAUUUCAUAGCGUACAGCUGUCAUACCAAGUAUACUUUCUGCUUUAAAAAAACAUAAUGUGGUAGUUUGAAAGCCCCAACAGAUUCUUUAAAAUAUUCUCUUUUCAUUACCACAAGGAUUAUUUGUGAAUGAAUGUGUUGCUGUUUUUAUGUCAGAUAUUAGAAACUCAAUGUGUUUUGUAGUGGCAGCAAGACAGUUGCACAUUACACAUUUCAGUCAGCGUUUAAUUCCACAACACAACUAAGUAUAACAUGACAUGAAUGGGUUUGAUGGCAGCAAUUUGAGUAUGAGUAAUGAGUAUUUUGAAAGAAGGAGGGAGUCAUCAAGUCAAUUUUGCUGGGAAGCAUUUAGUCAGAUUAUUGAUAUGUAACUUUGGUAAAAACCUCAUGUGUUUUUCUCUGGUGACCUAAAAUGACCACUCAGUCUGAAACAAUUUUUCUCAGGACAUUGAUUAAAAAUGUAAUAACUCUUUAUGCUAGUUUUAUCUUGUUUGUAACUGCUGAAACCAGUGGGGCGAAACCACAUGUAUCAUUUUCUAAAUCCUGAACAAUGGUUUUGCAAAGCAGCUCCUAUUGAUAAAGAAAGCAAGUCAUUCUCAUUAUGUACUGAUUCAUUUACACACGGUUGCUCCUGUCUGCCUCCCUACCGGGGGUUUAAAGGGAAACCAUAACCAGGAUCAUUCAGUCAUGUACUGUAUCUCCAUCUGCUCUACUGAAAAGUGUUAGUUUGCUAUCUGUGACCCUGUAUCUCCUUGUUUCAGCAGAACUGUAUCUGUUCUCUUCGCUGUGUUAUAAUGAACAUUUACUCCUUUACAUGCUCACACUGCCAACUUUUCACUGAAUGCCCUUUCACAACCUGAAAAUCUGCAUCUGUGUCCAUUUCUGUCUUUCUUUUCUUUCCUUUUUAUGUUGAACAUGUCCUUCCUUCACUCACUGUUUAGUCCAUUGACUUUUUCAGUGCAGACUGCUACUUUGACAUCUGGUUAAGACUAAAUGAAUGUUUUAGGCUAAGUACGCACAAUACACAAAUUAAAACGCUGAACACAUAA